CUCCGAUUCGUGGAUCACGUCUGAUCGAUGCCUCUUUCCGUUCUCGGCCGCUUGUUGUCAAGCCUCCGCUCCUGCUCCGCUCGGCCAGGCCAAAUCUUCCAGCUGCUUUGUUAUGGCAUUGCGCCGUCUAUUUUGCCCACGCGUUUCAUGCGGGCUUUAUUGCGCAGCUGCAUACUAUAAAGACUCCUAGAGCCCGGCGGCGUCUCAGCAUUGCGCCCCCGUCCCGCUCGCCGUCCCUCCGGGCUGUCUCGCAGCUGUCCUCUCUUUGAGUCUUUCGCCUUUCCGCUGUCGUUUCUUCUGGGAUAUUUAUACCCAAUAUGUAUUUUCACGCGAUUACUUCCUUCCUGGUUCUCGCCUCGCCCAUUGCCGCCCAGCAGAUCUACGACAUCUGGUCGACUCAGUGGGACCGUAGCACCCUGUUCACGUACACGAACCUGGGUCCUAAUGGCGAGCUCAACUUCACGAGCGAUUCCAAGUCGAACUCGGCGACCAUCAGCGUGGACGACACCACGCUCUACCAGGACAUGGUUGGCUUCGGGGCUACGUUGACUGAUUCUUCGGCCAAGCUUCUCAGUGAACUGAAGUCCUCGAACUCGGGCAACUACUGGAGUAUCCUGAACUACCUCUUUGAUCCCACUGACGGCGCGGACGCUGCCGGCUUCUCUUACAUCCGCGUCCCCAUCGGCGCGUCCGACUUCUCCGACACUGCCUACAGUCUUGAUGACACGAGCGGCGACACCGGUCUCAAUGACUUCAACAUCAACGCAGCUCCCUCGUACUUGUACGACACCCUUACCGACAUCGCGGGCAUCAAUCAGUACCUCAAGAUCCACAUCGUGCCCUGGUCGCCGCCUGCUUGGAUGAAGGAUAGUGGCACGCUGCUCGGUGGUAACUUCCUCUCCCAGUACACCGACAACUAUGCGAGCUACCUCCUCAAGGCCUUGCAGGGGUACCAGGGCAAGGGCUUCAACAUCUGGGGGAUCGGCAUCCAGAACGAGCCGCAGAACAGCGACACGACGUACCCGACGUGCGCCAUCUCCGCGUCCCAGGAGGCGGCGAUCGGCACGCAGCUGCGCUCGCUGAUGAACGACAACGGCUUCUCGAGCACGCUCAUCGUCGGAUACGAGCACAACUGGAACGACGCGGGCGAGUACCCCGUCACGCUCAUGCAGGACGCGCCGAACGCGUUCGCCGGCGCGUCCUUCCACUGCUACUCCGGCAGCGUGAGCGACCAGCAGACGUUCGAGAGCGCGGACCCGGACAAGGCCGUGUACUUCACGGAGUGCACGGGCGAGUACGGCAGCGACUGGUGGAGCGACAUCAAGUGGUACAUGGACAACAUCUUCAUCGGCGCGCCCAACUACUGGGCGCAGACGGGCGCGAUGUGGAACCUGGCCCUCGACGGCAACGGCCAGCCCAUGCUGUCCGGCACCGACAGCUGUGGCACGCCGUGCCGCCCUGUCGUUACGAUUAACAGCGAUGGCAGCUACAGCUACAAUCAGGAGUUCUACUCGAUUGCUCAGGCCCAGAAGGCGAUCCUCCCUAAGGACGUUGGCGGACCCGUUGGCCAACGCAUCUCUUCGACUGUCAGCGGCGACCUUAGCUGGGCUCUCCUCGCGACUGCGUAUGUCACGAACCGCAACAGCGCGAGCGACUGGCCGAGGUACAGUCUUGUCGUCUUGAACUGGGAUGACAGCUCGUCUACCACUUGGAACCCGCAGCCGGUCACGGCGACUAUCGAGUUCCGCGGUAACUCCGUCUCGUACACCUUCCCUGUCGGCGUGACCACUCUCUGGUGGUACGGCUCGCCGAACUGAUCCCGCGCACGGAUCCUUCUCCCGCAGGGUGCGCGUUGCGCGCACUCAUUCACCUUCUUGACGGCGUGGCUGCGUCGACGCAGCCACAUGCCCCCUCGCAUUCCUUUCGUCAGCUGCGCUCGUUCCGGCAUUAAUCGGUAAUUAUCAGUGCUCCGGCUCGCAGACUACUGCUGUGCGGCGGCCUCGGCUGGCAGAGGUCCUGGUGGCGAUGGGCCUCGCUGGGUGAGGUUCCCCGCGCGCAUGGUCUGGCUUCCCGGCACUCACUCACUCGUCUACUCUCACUCGGUCGCUAUGUGUGCUGCAUUUGGUCUAGGCUCUGGUUGUCUCUCUGGUUAUAGGCGAUCUCCCCCCGUUAUUGUCUGGGCUGCUCAUCGCUGUUGUGUAUGCCUCUAGUAUACUCGUUACGACCCUUAACGACUGUCUGCACCCCAA